AUGUCUGCUGCUAACAUUUGCAACACAAGCUUCACCAAGUUUUCCUUCUGUGAGCCUUCCACCCUCUACUCCAGAGUAUGGGAGUACCUCACCAACAAGACCGACAAGCCUUCACUUGUCCACGACGAAACUAUUCAAAGAUGUUCCCGCAAUCUUCAAUUGCUUAAGGACUUGCAUGUCCCAAAGACAAAGUCCUCCUUGCCUGGCCACUUCAAUGGCUUCAGGCCUUCAGUCAUUGCGAAGACUCCAAUAAGCUACUUGACUGAAGUCUCUCACCUUGGGAGACCAAACAAGGCCGCUGAGGCUUUUUCAUCUGGCGAUUUUGCCGGAUUCUACGAAAUUUGGACCCAAACCAUCAACACUGAAGCUUUUCUUCCUGGAGACUUCGCUGGAUUCAUUGACAUCUGGGCUCAGGAAGAGGAGCUUGUUCGGGCGAGCCCAACCACAAACACAAACUCGCCUAUUUUUGAGGAUUCCUCAGAUAUUUGGGAAGACACCGAUAUUUCUAUUCCUUACAUGGCUGGUGACUUUGCUGGAUUUUUCGACGGCUGCUUUGCAAAGCAGACCAAGACGUACUGGCCAGCCGACUUUUUCAACUACGAAAAAAUGAAGACCAAGCACCGCUCCUAUUUGCCUGGCUGCUUUUACUUUUGUGGUCAAAUUGUCAAGAAUGAUGUCUGUGGCGCCCCAGUCUUCCUCCCAGGCGACUUUGAAGGUUUCUUCGAUAUUUGGACUACCGAGACCUACAGCAUUGAUGCUUCCCCAGAAGUUACUGCUUUUGUGCCUUCUGACUUCCCCUGCUUCUUCCAAACCUGGGUCUCUUCCCCAAAGACCAGGCCAGUCUACUUCCCCAGCGACUUCUACUUUUGGAAGAAUGCAACAACAGAAGAGCAGCCAGAGAUCUUUUUCCCCAAGGAUUUCUACUUCUGGCAGGCUGCCCUAGCCGAACCGUCUCCCGCCUUCAUGCCAUGCGAUUUCACCGGAUUCCUCGGAGUCUGGUUAUCUUCAGGCUACAAGGCGACUCCGCCAAAGAAGGAGGUUCCAAAGGAGGUUCCAAAGAAGGCAGCUCCAAGAAAGGCAGCUCCAAGGAAGGCAGCUCCAAGGAAGGCAGCUCCAAGUAAGGCAGCUCCAAGGAAGGCAGCUUCAAAGAAGUCGACGGCCAAAAUCCACACAGUUCGACCAUUGAACGGGCUUCGUGGAACGCCAGAACCCUUCACUUUCCAAUUAAUUCUCUGCGGUGAGGAAUCGACUGACGACGACCUGAGCAUUUUUGAUGCUCCUCGAUUCGGCGAGUCCGACCCCAGUGAUGCCGAGCUCGAGGCGUACCUCGACAAGGUGGAUUGA